UCAUCUGCCUGGACUGGGGUGAUCCUCCCCUUAUUUUUCUUACCCUUACGGUUCUUCAACCCUUUAAUCCAUCUACACACGACUUCUGUGGUCCUCUUUCUGAGACAACAAUCUCUUUCCCCUCCAGAAUUCUUCACAACUGACUUGUAUUAUUUGCAGAUAGGAUAUAAAAUCCUUAGCUAGAUACAAAGUUUCUUUAUUGUCUAGCCCAGUGGAUUUCAGGCUUUUUGUGUCAAGAUAGACUUCCAGGAUAUUUAGCCUCUCAGUGGGCAGUGGAAGUGAUUGAAAGAUGCAAAAUACAGCACAAGUCAGCACUUCAAACCCAGCCCGGGCAGAGGAGGGGCCGUAAAUAGUGUGUGCACGUCCCACCUGCUGGAGGAGCAGACUGCUCUCCGCUGCUCAGCCGGCCUUCCUUCAGGACUGCAGAGCAGUUCGGGAAGAUCUGCACACCGCCUCGCACGUGCUCUCAAGGGACCCUGCGUUGGGACUGUCUGUGGGGCCUGAUGAUCUGUGUUCCUCCCGCUCACAAUGUUUCUUACCGUGUACCUCAGCAACAAUGAGCAGCACUUCACGGAAGUCCCAGUUACUCCGGAAACCAUCUGCAGAGAUGUGGUGGAUCUUUGCAAAGAACCUGGCGAGAGCGAUUGCCACCUGGCUGAAGUGUGGUGUGGCUCCGAACGUCCAGUUGCCGAUAAUGAGCGAAUGUUUGAUGUCCUGCAACGGUUUGGAAGUCAGAGGAGUGAAGUUCGAUUCUUCCUGCGCCAUGAACGCCCCCCUGGCAGGGACCUUGUGAGCGGACCAAGGUCUCAGGAUCCAAGUUUAAAGAGAAAUGGUGUAAAAGUUCCGGGUGAACAUCGAAGAAAGGAGAAUGGCGUUAAUAGUCCUAGGAUGGACCUGACACUCGCUGAACUUCAGGAAAUGGCAUCUCGCCAACAACAACAGAUUGAGGCCCAGCAACAAAUGCUGGCCACCAAGGAACAGCGUUUAAAGUUUUUGAAACAGCAGGAUCAGCGUCAGCAGCAACAAGCUGCGGAACAGGAGAAGCUUAAGAGGCUCAAAGAAAUAGCUGAGAGUCAGGAAGCGAAACUGAAAAAAGUGAGAGCGCUUAAAGGCCACGUGGAACAGAAGAGGUUAAGCAACGGGAAACUUGUGGAGGAAAUUGAACAGAUGAAUAGUUUGUUCCAGCAAAAGCAGAGGGAGCUUGUUCUGGCUGUGUCAAAAGUAGAGGAACUUACAAGACAGCUAGAGAUGCUCAAGAACGGCAGGAUUGACGGUCACCAUGACAACCAGUCCGCAGUGGCUGAGCUUGAUCGGCUCUACAAGGAGCUGCAGUUAAGAAACAAACUGAACCAGGAGCAGAAUGCUAAGCUGCAGCAGCAGAGGGAGUGUUUGAAUAAGCGCAAUUCCGAAGUGGCGGUCAUGGGCAAGCGUGUUAAUGAGCUCAGGGACCGGCUGUGGAAGAAGAAGGCGGCCCUGCAGCAGAAGGAGAACCUUCCGGUUUCGGCUGACGGACACCUGCCCCAGCCGGGGGCAUCGGGGCCGAGUCGCGUGGCCGCGGUCGGUCCCUACAUCCAGUCAUCGACGAUGCCCCGGAUCCCCUCACGGCCCGAGCUUCUGGUGAAGCCAGCCCUGCCCGAUGGGCCCGGGGCCAUGCAGGCUUCCGAGGGGCCCAUGAAAGUCCAGACACUGCCCAACAUGAGAUCUGGGGCUGCUUCGCAAGGGAAAGGCUCUAAAAUCCAUCUGCUUGGCCCUGAUUGGACUCCUCCAAAUGCAGAUCUUUUCUCGAGCCAAGCCUCUGCUUUUGUGUCCAAAAGCUCUGGGAAUGCUCCAGACCAAGCUGAUGGUGGGGAGGUUCCACUGAGGGAGAAGGAGAAGAAAGUGCGUCCCUUCUCAAUGUUUGACACCGUGGACCAGCCUGCUGCCCCACCCGCCUUCGGUACCCUGAGGAAGAACCAGAGCAGUGAAGAUAUCUUGCGGGAUGCUCAGGCGGCAAAUAAAAAUGUGGCUAAGGUACCACCUCCCGUUCCAUCAAAACCCAAACAGAUUAAUUUGCCUUAUUUUGGGCAAACUAAUCAGGCACCAUCAGACAUUAAGCCAGAUGGAAAUCCUCAGCAGUUGUCAGCGGCUGGUGCAUCCAUGGGGAACAAACCCAAACCGGCAGGGCAGCAGCAGAGGGCCCUGUUGGCUGCCGGCGUGCCUUCGGUUGGCCAAGCAGACCAGACCCUUCCUGCAGGUUCUAAGCAAGAAAGUCCCCCUGCUGCCGCUGUCCGGCCCUUCACGCCUCAGCCUUCCAAGGAUACCCUCCUCCCGCCCUUCAGAAAACCCCAGACCUUGGCCACCAGCUCCAUAUACUCCAUGUAUACACAGCACCAGGCUCCCGGCAAAAACUUCCAGCAGGCUGUGCAGAGUGCGUUGACCAAGUCCCAUUCCCGAGGGCCCCACUUUCCGAGCGUUUAUGGCAAGCCUGUGAUCACUACUGCCCAGAACCAACAGCAGCUCCCAGAGAACAUUUAUUCCAAUAACCAGGGCAAACCUGGCAGCCCGGAACCUGAAACAGAGCCCGUUUCUUCUGUUCAGGAGACCCAUGAAAAUGAAAGAAUUCCCCGGCCACUCAGCCCAACCAAAUUACUGCCUUUCUUAUCUAAUCCUUACCGAAACCAGAGUGAUGCUGACCUAGAAGCCCUACGAAAGAAACUGUCUAACGCACCACGGCCACUAAAGAAACGCAGCUCUAUUACAGAGCCAGAGGGCCCUAAUGGGCCGAAUAUUCAGAAGCUGCUGUAUCAGAGGACCACCAUCGCCGCCAUGGAGACCAUCUCUGUCCCGGCUUACCCAUCCACGUCCACUUCUGGGACUGCCAGCCCGGAAAGCCCGGUGGAGAUCCAGAAUCCAUAUUUGCAUGUAGAGCCAGAGACGGAGGUGGUCCCUCUGAUUCCUGAGCCACUGUCCCCGGAGGAAGCAGGAAGUGCCAGUACAGAGAGCACUGAUGUGUCACCUCCUUCUCCGGGCCUUGAGUAUGCACCUGAAGGAGUCCCAGACAGCAGCCCAAAUUUCCAGAACAGUGUGGAAGAACCAAACCCGGAGGCUCCCCCACUGCUUGAAGUGUACCUAGAGGAGUACCCCCCCUACCCACCCCCACCGUACCCGUCCGGGGAACCAGAAGGCCCAGGAGAAGACUCCGUGAGCAUGCGUCCACCUGAGAUCACCGGGCAGGUUUCUCUGCCUCCUGGCAAAAGGACAAACUUGCGUAAAACUGGUUCAGAGCGGAUUGCUCAUGGAAUGAGGGUGAAAUUCAACCCCCUUGCUUUACUUCUAGAUUCCUCUUUGGAGGGAGAAUUUGACCUUGUACAGAGAAUUAUUUAUGAGGUUGAUGACCCAAGCCUGCCUAAUGACGAAGGCAUCACAGCUCUGCACAAUGCUGUGUGUGCGGGUCACACGGAAAUUGUUAAAUUCCUGGUACAGUUUGGUGUCAAUGUCAAUGCUGCUGACAGUGAUGGGUGGACCCCACUGCAUUGCGCUGCCUCCUGUAACAACGUCCAGGUGUGUAAGUUUCUGGUAGAGUCAGGAGCUGCUGUGUUUGCCAUGACCUACAGUGACAUGCAGACGGCCGCUGAUAAAUGUGAGGAAAUGGAGGAAGGCUACACCCAGUGCUCGCAGUUUCUUUAUGGAGUCCAGGAGAAGAUGGGUAUAAUGAAUAAAGGGGUCAUCUACGCACUUUGGGACUACGAACCUCAGAAUGACGACGAGCUGCCCAUGAAGGAAGGGGACUGCAUGACCAUCGUCCGCAGGGAAGACGAAGAUGAGAUUGAGUGGUGGUGGGCCCGCCUGAACGACAAGGAAGGAUACGUUCCGCGCAAUUUGCUGGGACUAUACCCAAGAAUUAAACCAAGACAAAGGAGCUUGGCCUGAAACUUUGCACACUUUUAGUUAAUGAAGAAUUAAUCUCUGUUACCACGAAGAAGAAAUAAUAUGUUUGUGGCAAAAAUUUCACAAGACUUAUUUUAAUGACAAAGUAACUUGAAAGCAAUGAAGAAUGGGCUCUGGAAGCAAAUGAAGGCUUGGAGUGGUCUCUGUUGGAGGAGGAUGUGCGGCUCGGCACGAUGGAAUGAACGGUGCUCGUCAGGAAGCUUACCCCUCUGCGCUGGGUACAGGUCCCCCUGUCGCACUCCAAAAGAUACACGGCCACAGUCCCGUUCUCUGCAAGAAAUGGGACCACUUAUUGGGCUACUGGGAGAUCAGCUCCAUGGCUUGCUUAGGUUGGCAUUUUUCCGUGCCUGCCCUGUCCAUGUCCUCCCACCAGAAGGACCAGUGCCAUCAUGGUGCCAUCUCAGAUUGUCCCCCAGCACCAGCAGGCCCGUGGGGGACUCGCGUGGAGGCUCCAAGGUGCCGCGUACUUGUGUGUUGUCCGUGAAGAACUGUUUGUUGGUUGUCAGUGAGCAAUAACUAUGGUGUGAGUUCUUGUAGCAUCAUAUAUUCGAGAUAUUGAAACCACACUACACUACAGGUCAUUAGAUUUAGACACUUGUUUUUAGGCUGAAAUUUGAAUCUAUAUUUAUUGUCUUUUGUAUCUUGGCAAUUAGAGACUUGCUAUAGAUGUACCCAUGAUAUUUGUCCAGAUUAUAGCUGACUUUAAAAACAAUUGUAAUAAAAUUAAACUUUUUGACUC